AAUUAUUUCUGAGCUCAGAAAAACAUUUUAAUUUUGAAACCCUACUAUAAACCCUAGACCCAUUUCCUUCUCCAAGCAACGGACCCGCAGAAACUCGAUCCCCAUGAUGAAAAACACAGAAAAAUAGUGUUCCUGAUUCCUAUUCCUCACUGAUUCGAUUCGUGAUAAGUAUGUUGGCCGUGUCCAGAGGCCUCAUUAAUCGUCUCUCACAUUCGCCUUCAGCUGUAACAGCUUCAGUUUUCUCAAGGAUCCAGUUAAGGACGCUCAUUGCGGAGCCUUCAGUGAACGAGGGCAAUGAUUCGCGAAUAAUCAAAGCAGAGCCCGGUGUAAUGACACCCAGUUCGAGUCGAACAGGUGUAAUCGCAGUGAAAUGUGGAAUGACGGCGUUGUGGGACAAGUGGGGCGCCAGAAUUCCCAUCAGCAUUCUCUGGUUAGACGAUAAUAUUGUCUCCCAAGUCAAAAUUCCAGAAAAAGAAGGCAUUUUUGCUCUGCAGGUUCUUCAAUUACUAAACUUUUAUAACCUCUAUUACUCAUAUUUUCCAGUUUAUUUGUUUUUGUCUUGCUUAAGAUUUAUUGUUCCUUGAAUUAAGCUUUUUUAU